AGUACUCUCAAUGUCUUCUUCUCCGCCUUCUGCGCCCUUCGAAAUCUGCGUCAAAGCUUCCAUAACCACUCCCAACAAGCUCGGAGACUGUCCCUUCUGCCAAAGGGUGUUGCUGACUCUUGAGGAGAAACAUCUUCCUUAUGACCCCAAGUUGGUAGAUUUGACCAACAAGCCAGAAUGGUUCCUUAAAAUCAAUGCUGAGGGUAAAGUUCCUGUCAUAAAGCUUGAUGAGAAGUGGGUUUCUGAUUCGGAUAUCAUCACACAAAUUCUGGAAGAGAAGUAUCCUAGCCCACCGUUGGUAACCCCACCCGAAAAAGCUACAGUUGGGUCGAAGAUCUUUUCUACAUUUAUUGGAUUUCUCAAGAGCAAAGAUCCCAAUGAUGGAACAGAGCAAGCAUUGCUAAGUGAACUAAGCUCUUUCAACGAUUACCUUAAGGAAAAUGGUCCUUUUGUCAAUGGGAAAGACAUAUCUGCAGCUGACUUAUCUAUUGGACCAAAGCUGUAUCAUUUGGAGAUUGCUUUGGGGCAUUAUAAGAAGUGGAAAGUUCCUGAUUCACUUCAAUCUUUGAAGUCUUAUAUGAAGGAUAUUUUCUCGAGGGAGUCAUUCAUUAAAACACGUGCACAACCCCAGGAUGUGAUUGAAGGUUGGCGUCCAAAAGUGGAGGGCUGAUGAUAUGAUGUUGAAUAAUUUCCAUGAGACAUUGAGGUUCUAUGUAUACAUAUAGCAAUCCUUGAAGAGUUCAUAACCUCUAUCCUUUUUUGUAUUAUCCUAGGUAAUUAAAUCACUAUCAGUCUAUCACUUGCCAUAUAAGGUUAGUUGGCCACAGAUUGUAAUAUGUUUGUUUGGUACUUGGUAGUUGGUAGAGAGGCCAAGAGGCUUGCAUGUAAGAUUAAAAUAAUUGUAUUCCCAAAAGGAGUCAGCAUUACAUUGCUUGUUUUUCCUUUA